GAAAUUCUGAACAACUAACAUUUUGGACUCUGGAAAGGGUGAAGCUCCAACAAGCCACUUCAAAUGAAAAAAUACUAUUUAAUAGUGUUUCUAUUUGCGUUUAUUAAACAGGGACACCAGCAGUGCACACAGAAAUGCCAUGAAGAUGCUCAAUGCAAAACAGGAGAUUGUCACUGCCUUCAUGGCUACACCGGAGAUGGCAUUAGGUUCUGUGAAGAUGAUAAUGAAUGUCUAAAUGCCACCAUUUUUUGCGGGGAUCAUGCCAACUGUACAAACACUAAAGGAAGCUAUUACUGUAUAUGCAUGCCCGGAUUUCAAUCCAGUGGUUCUGAAAGAUUUAUAACCAAUGACGGCACCCAUUGUAAGGAUAUAGAUGAGUGUAAUGAGAACAAGUGUGGGGACCACACAAAGUGCGAGAAUACACCUGGAGGGUAUAAUUGUUCCUGCCUAGAAGGUUAUCAGUCAUCCUCAGGAAGAUUGCAGUUUACGGCAGACGAUGGGACGUUUUGUCAAGAAAACCUAAAGAUUAAAUGUCAUUUGGACGAUCAUUGCAUUGCUGCAGAUAUUAAUCAAACCUUAAGUAAAGUCAGCAACAUUAAAGAGCCUAUUGCCAUUCUAAAGGAAAUACAGAAAAGUACCAUGAGAGAUCUAUUGCCAGUAGACGUGAUUUCAUACAUCGAGGCGCUUACUGCAUCCUAUCCAUUGCUAAGUACCCUGAAUAACACGGGGCCGAACAAAGAGAAAGUCACUAAUACUACCAUUACAACUUUUGUUAAUACAGUGAACAAUUUUGUAGAAAAAGAUAAAAUUACAGUUUGGAGAAACCUUACGGAGGCUAACAGAAUAAAAAGCAUGACAAAGCUCCUUCAUACAAUGGAACAGGCGGCCCUAGACUUGUCACAGAACUUGAAAAAAAACACGCAGUUUGAUGUCAAUGCAAGCGAUGUGGCUCUCAAAUUGUUUACCUUUGACUCGAACCACAUGAAGCACAUACACCCGCAUGCACUUAUGGAUGGAGAUUACAUAAAGAUUUCUCCAAAGAGGAAGGUAACAUCUCUUUCUAAUGGCACCGUAACAAUUGCGUUUCUAAGAUAUGACAGUAUUGGCAGUUUGCUUGCACCAUCUGUAAACACAGAAAAGAAGGAAAAGACGGAUCCGCUGGAGAAAUCACAAAAUAUAAUUUCAACCAUUAUUGCUGCAGCGAUCAAUGCAAAUCCACCCACUCUCUACCAAAUGGAGAAGAUUGUGUUCACUUUAAAACAUCAGGAGCCAUCUCCAGAUCCUAGCCUAGUACAAUGCGUAUUUUGGGAUUAUGCACCAGAAAGUAUGCAAGGAGAAUGGUCUACUGAGGGCUGUGAAGUCUUGUCCACAAACUCAAGUCAUACAACCUGCAAGUGCAACCACCUAACACAUUUUGCCAUCCUAAUGACAUCAUCCAGUCAUGCCCAAAUGACUGCUCAUCAGAGUACCUUGACUCGUAUCACCCAACUUGGAAUCAUCAUCUCCCUGAUUUGUCUCUCCCUUUGCAUCUUCACGUUUCUUUUCUUCAGCGAAAUCCAAAGUACGAGGAUCACUAUUCACAAAAAUCUCUGCUGCGCCCUGUUUUUGGCCGAACUACUCUUUAUUGUUGGAAUAAACAUGACUAAAAAUAAGAUGCUAUGCGCAGUCAUUGCAGGAUUGCUGCAUUAUUUUUUUCUCGCCGCCUUUGCAUGGAUGUGCAUCGAGGGAAUUCACCUGUACCUGAUGGUCGUAGGCGUCAUUUACAACAAAGGAUUUUUGCACAAGAAUUUUUACAUAUUUGGUUACUGUAGCCCUGCUGUAGUUGUUGGGAUUUCUGCUGUUCUCGGUUAUAAAUACUAUGGAACAGAUAAAGUAUGUUGGCUGAGCACUGAAAAUAAUUUUAUAUGGAGUUUUAUUGGGCCAGCUUGUCUCAUCAUAUUGGUAAAUUUGAUGGCGUUUGGAGUGAUCAUAUAUAAAGUUUUUCGACAUACUAAAAUGUUGAAACCAGAUGUGAACUGCUAUGAAAGUAUAAGGUCCUGUGCUCGAGGUGCCCUCGCCCUACUAUUUCUCCUUGGUGCUACCUGGAUGUUUGGUGUUUUACAUGUGGUGAAUGGUUCAGUGGUCACUGCAUAUCUUUUUACCAUUUCCAACGCGUUUCAAGGAAUGUUCAUUUUUAUAUUCCUAUGUGUCUUAUCCAAAAAAAUCCAAGAGGAAUACUACAGAUUGUUCAAAAAUGUGCCGUGCUGUUCUGCCUUUCUCAAAUAAUGGACCAAUGGACAAGUCGGGAUUUCUCACCCAAUAAACGCAAAUUAUAUGAGACAACCACACCAUUGAACCAGCAUGGCCCUUUUUGUGAUUCCAUAACAAUGACUCUU